CCAGCUCCUCCCACGGUUUCGACAGAACUUCAGCAAAAGUCAUUAAACAUCUUCCGCGACGCUCUUGAUCCAUCAAGUGAAGACUCCAACACCACCCUUCAAGAAGUCAAAGGCCACCUCUUCAACCGAGACUUUGCUGCCGCGUUCGGCAAGGAGGAGUACUUGCGCGUGUAUGCUGGACGAUGGAGUCCGAGUAGAGCACUCGGCUACACGCAAAUUCUUCUCGAUGUGCAAGAUCUCAUCGCCAGCGGAAAGAGUGAUGUCGACGACGAUGAAGAGCCUCCUUUCAGAGUCCUCUGCAUUGGCGGUGGAGCUGGUGCAGAGCUCGUAGCCCUGGCUACGUGGGCGAGUCUGGAGGACACUCCUUUCCCAAGACUACAGGCGAAAUUUCUCGACAUUGCAGCUUGGGGUCCAGUCGUCACCGCGCUCCAUGAUGCUGUCACAAACGCUCCUCCGCUGUCACAGUAUGCUUCCGCCGCAGCCAAGGAAGCUAAUGAGCCACUCCUCCUUCCAGACGCUUUCAAGGUCACCUUCCAACAGCAGGACGCUCUCGAAAUCACCGACAACAAACACUGUCAGCAAUUCUUUGGUUCGAACGAUCUGAUCACGAUGAUGUUCACACUCAACGAGCUCUACUCGACUUCCCUGGCGAAGACGCAGCAGAUGCUGGCACGCGUCACCGCUAGUUGCAGACCUGGCACCAUCCUCCUCGUGGUCGACAGCCCUGGAAGCUACUCCACCGUCUCGAUGAAUGGCGCCGAAAAGAAGUAUCCCAUGCAGUGGCUGUUGGACUUCACACUCAUUGGACCACCUAAGAAGGACCUGGGCGGUGCUGAAGGCUCGGUGAAGUGGGAGAAGCUGCUCGAGGACGAAUCGAGAUGGUACAGACUUCCGCCUGGAUUGAAGUAUCCGAUUGAGCUCGAGAACAUGAGGUAUCAGAUUCAUAUUUACAGACGC